AUGGCCGAGAGCAUGCAGUGGGCGUAUCGCGCGCAGAAGCGCCUCGGAGUGCAUGCGGGCGUGCCCGAGUUCCCGGCACUGAGCGGGUUCGACGGAAACCAUGUGGGCGCGCGCAUGCUGCAGUACAGUCCCAACGGAAAGUACCUCGCGGUGGCUCUCGAAGAAAGCAUCGCGAUCUACGAGGUGGGCGACGCGCAGGUGAGCCUGCGCCACCAGCUUCCGGUCGCCAAGGGGAUUGAGCUGUCGUUUUCGCCCAAGGGCACCUACCUCUCGACGUGGGAGCGCCCGGCAAAAACCGAGCACGAAAACGGCGCAAGCUGGAGCAAGAACCUGCGCGUAUGGGAGACGAGCACCGGCGCGCCCCUGGCCGAGUUUGAGCGCCGCCAGCUCGAGGGGUGCUUCUUCCAAUUCAACGAAACGGAGACGCACUGCGUCCGCCAGGCCGGCAGCGAGCUGCAGGUGUACGAGCCAAGCAAGCUCGCCCAGGGGCCGGUCGGCCGCUUGCGCCUGGAGAACAUUGGCACCUUCCAGCUGGGGCCGGGGCCGCAGCCCUCGGUCGCGGUCUUCUUCCCCGAGAAAAAGGGCGCGCCGGCCUUUGUCAAGGUGUACGCCUUGUCGGCGCUGCUGACUCCGACGCCGGCGCACGUCGCCCAAAAGUCCUUCUUCAAGGCGGACAAGGUGACGUUCAAGUGGAACGCCGCAGGCACCUCGCUUCUGCUCAUGACCGCGACGGACCACGACCAGACCGGCAAGUCGUACUAUGGCGAGACGAACCUGUACAUGCUCUCGGCGCGGGGCGACUUUGACUGCCGCGUGAGCCUCGACAAGGAGGGCCCGAUCCACGACUUUGCGUGGAACCCCAACUCGCGCGAGUUUGUCGUGAUCUACGGCUACAUGCCCGCCAAGGCGGUCAUCUUUUCGUACCGCGUCAACAUCAUCGCCGAACUCGGAACGCAGCCGCGCAACUUUAUCGCAUUCAACCCGCAGGGACGUCUGUUCUGCAUGGCCGGCUUUGGCAACCUCGCGGGCACGGUGGAUAUCUGGGACCGCGAGAACCUCAAGAACGGCAAGCUGUUUACGCUCGACGCGAGCAACUCGACGGUGCUCGAGUGGUCGCCGGACGGCCAGUACAUCCUCACCGGCACCCUGUCGCCCCGGCUGCGCGUGGAGAACGGCGUGAAGAUCUGGCACUGCUCGGGCCAGCUCGUGCAUGUGUAUAUGGUCGACGAGACCUACCAGGUGUCGCUGCGCCCGUCGGGCGAGGCACCGCCGCCGUUCCCCAAGGACAUCCCCCCUGCGCCGCAGGCAAGCGCCGCGGCCGCGGAGGUCGUCGCGAAAAAGACCACGACCGCGCGGCCCACGGGCGCAUACCGCCCUCCUGGCGCACGGAGCUCGGGCGCGUCCACGUCCGACUACCUCCGCCGGGGUGAGGACCUCGGCCCGGCGCCCGCGCCGGCCCAGCAAAAGUACACGGCCCCGGCAGGCCGCGGCAAGAAGAAGGUGCCGGGCGCGCCGCCGGGCGCUGCGCCGCCGGCGCCCAAGGCCGCACCAAAGUCGGCGAUGGGCGCCGCAGACGUCGGCGCGAACAACAGCGAGGCGGGCAGCACCGAAAAGCGCCUGCGCAACCUGUCCAAGAAGCUCAAGGCGAUCGAGCAGCUCAAGGACCGCCGCGACAAGGGCGAGGUGCUCGAGCAGACGCAGCUGCAAAAGAUCGAGUCGGAGGGCGAGAUCCGGACGGAGCUGCGGUCGCUGGGUGGUUAA